CCCGAGGAAAUCUCCAGCUAAAUGCUCAAAAUAUAAAACACUGAGCUAAUAUUUGCGAAGAGGAGCAGAAUGGAUGGAUUUUAUGACCAGCAAGUGCCUUACGUGGUCACCAACAGUCAGCGUGGGAGAAACUGUACCGAGAAACCAACAAAUGUCAGGAAAAGAAAAUUCAUUAACAGAGAUCUGGCUCAUGAUUCAGAAGAACUCUUUCAAGAUCUGAGUCAGUUACAAGAAACAUGGCUUGCUGAAGCUCAGGUACCUGACAAUGAUGAGCAGUUUGUUCCAGACUAUCAGGCUGAAAGUUAUAUGUUUGUUCUGUUUUUAGUGGCUUUUCAUGGCCUCCCACUGAAAAUCAAGAAAGAACCCCACAGCCCAUGUUCAGAACUCGGGUCUGCUUGCAGUCAAGAGCAGCCCUUUAAAUUCAGCUAUGGAGAAAAGUGCCUGUGCAAUGUCAGUGCCUAUGAUCAGAAGCCACAAGUGGGAAUGAGGCCCUCCAAUCCCCCGACACCAUCCAGCACUCCAGUGUCCCCACUACACCAUGCAUCUCCAAACACAGCUCAUACUCCGAAACCUGACCGGGCCUUCCCAGCUCACCUCCCUCCUUCUCAGUCCAUACCAGACAGCACCUACCCCAUGGACCACAGAUUUCGCCGCCAGCUUUCUGAACCCUGUAAUUCUUUUCCUCCUUUGCCGACAAUGCCAAGGGAAGGGCGUCCUAUGUACCAACGCCAGAUGUCUGAGCCAAACAUCCCCUUCCCACCACAAGGCUUUAAGCAGGAGUACCACGACCCAGUCUAUGAACAUACCACCAUGGUUGGCGGUGCAGCCAGCCAAAGCUUCCCCCCUCCUUUGAUGAUCAAACAGGAACCCAGAGAUUUUGCAUAUGACUCAGAAGUGCCUAGCUGCCACUCCAUUUAUAUGAGGCAAGAAGGCUUCCUGGCUCAUCCAAGCAGAACAGAAGGCUGCAUGUUUGAGAAGGGUCCCAGGCAGUUCUAUGAUGACACCUGUGUGGUCCCGGAGAAGUUCGAUGGGGACAUUAAGCAAGAGCCUGGAAUGUACCGGGAAGGACCCAUGUACCAGUGGCGAGGAUCCCUCCAGCUCUGGCAGUUUUUGGUAGCUCUUCUGGAUGACCCUUCAAAUUCUCAUUUCAUUGCCUGGACUGGACGAGGCAUGGAAUUUAAACUGAUUGAGCCCGAAGAGGUGGCCCGGCGUUGGGGCAUUCAGAAGAACAGGCCGGCGAUGAACUAUGACAAACUUAGUCGUUCUCUCCGCUAUUAUUAUGAGAAGGGAAUCAUGCAAAAGGUGGCUGGAGAAAGAUACGUGUACAAAUUUGUGUGUGACCCGGAAGCCCUUUUCUCUAUGGCCUUUCCGGAUAACCAGCGCCCACUGCUGAAGACGGACAUGGAACGUCACAUCAACGAAGAGGACACAGUUCCUCUGUCUCACUUUGAUGAGAGCAUGACCUACAUGCCUGAAGGGGGCUGCUGCAACCCUCACCCCUACAACGAAGGAUACGUGUACUAAGAUGAGUAACCCGUCAAGCAAGGCACCCCGUGCUUUGCCUCUUUUUUUUCAAGAUGCAGAGAAUCACCGAAUUCUCUUCAAUGUUUGUUUUAUUUCUGUUGUUUGUACUUUAUUUUUUAAAUGAUAAUACAAAAGGGGGAUUUUCCUGUUGCAUUAUUCUAUGGUCUGCCAUGGACUGCGCACUUUAUUUGCUGGUGGGCAGGAGUAAUCUAGACAUUCAUUCUUUGUAACAGGAAGAUGGCGGAUGAGUGGGCAGAAGGAGCUGAGGGAUUCCUUUUUGCUUAGGCUUGGAAUGGAGUCCUACAGGUUUUCUGUAUGAUGAUUCUAUAUCAUAUUUGUUCGAUUUCAUAAUAACGUAAGAUAAUUUUCCCUGGGUAUCUACGGUACAGUUGAUUUCACGUUGUGUAAAUAUCUUCUUGGAGACCAUUUGCCUUGGGCAUUUCCCCCAUCAUUACUGAGUCUCUGCAGGUGUACAAAAAUCUACUGUAAAUGGCAGUUUAAUGUUAGAAAUUACUGUUUUGCACCUCUUGUAAAAAAAAUAUUUAGCAAUUGCAUUUGUUGUUCUUUCUGUUUCAUAAUGCUUUACAGAUGACUUGUAGAGGAAAACCCUAAAUGUGGGCAAUUCUCUUUGAAGUUGAGUAAUCACCAUGACUGUAAAUGAGGGCCACCGUUUUGGACUCUGGCUCCAACUGAGUCACAGGCCAGUAGCAUUUUAUGUAUCUGAUGCCAUCUUGCUGUUUUGGUACUACAAAUACUGUCUUUUAAAUAUGUUGAUGCCCAUCUCACUUAAAUAAUGACAUGUCAUGAUCCUUCGGAAUCUUCAUUUAAGUGUUAAAGCUGGGAUCACAAUGAAGCAAAAAAUA